AAGCUUUAAAGGUUGGACGAUUGCCUUCAGGGUAAUUCUAAUUAAUUGUCCGCAAAAUUUUACUUAUUCCGAGGCAGUCAAAUAAGAAACAUUAUCUAGAAUCGCUUUAACUCAUUGAGUCCACUGAACUGCAUUCAAAUCAACGCAUAUAUUAUGAGUAACCCACUUUCACUGACUGUUAUCAAUGAAAUGUUCAGCUAUAUUUGUCCUUAUCAGCUGAAGAAGAUUCGCAACACUGAGGUUCUCUACAUUCGCGAUCAAAGCUUUCGUUGCACCUCAUCCUGACCAAGACAGAAGUCGUUAUAGAGGCGAUCCGCCAUGCUGCUGUUCCUAUUCGUCCUAGUCUUCAUCUCCUGCGCCUAUCUUUUGUUGCACCACCACUACCGGUACUGGAAACGUCGCGGUAUUCCACAACGGAAACCAUCGUUCGCCUUCGGAGAUUUCGGUCCGGUUCUGCGAGGUCGCGCCAAAUUCGUCAACCACCUCCAGGACGUCUACGAGCGAACGAAAAAUGACCACCCACUGCUGGGCCUGUACAUUCUAUUCCGCCCGGCACUGCUCGUGAACGAUUUUGUUGUGGCGCGUGACAUCUUGUCCCGGGACUUCCAUCACUUUGGCGAUAGGGGCAUCUACGUGGACGAGAAGCGGGAUCCCUUCAGCGGUCAUCUUUUUGCACUGGAUGGAGAACGGUGGCACCAUGUGCGGCACCAAAUAGCUCCCGCUUUUACGCCGUUGAAAAUUGAGGAAAUCUUCCAGACGCAGCUGGCUGGUGGAUUGAAGCUUCAGGAUCAUAUGAAAAAGUAUGCAGAUGGUGGAGAGCCGGUGGAUCUGGCCAGUUUGUUUCUGAGGUAUUCGGUUGACAUGAUUGCUUCGGUGGCGUUCGGGAUGGAGUUAGAUUCCGUGAACCACCCGGAAGAACAAUUCUACAGAGUAGCCUGCAGUACUGUGGAAUCCAGCGCCAAGAAUGUACUUCGGUGGACGGGCGGCUUUUUGGUUCCAAGUGUUCUGAAAUUCACCCGGACUCGGCUGGUGGAUCAGAUUGUUCAGGACUUCUUCAUGGAAGUUGUUCGUCAGACCGUAGAGUUUCGAGAAAACACUGGGUUUUCACGAAGAGACGUCCUUCAGUCGUUGCUUAAAAUCGUGAACAACGAAAACCGGGAUGACUCCCAGAAGUUCACCAUGACCGAUUUGGCAGUCACGGUCUUUACAUUUCUCUUGGCCGGAAUGGAAACUAGUUCAUCGUCGGCUGCCUUCUGUCUUUAUGAACUUGCCAAAAAUCAGGAUAUUCAACGCCGGCUUCAACAGGAAAUCGACGAAUCUCUCCAUCUUCAUAACGGUUCCAUCACUUACGACAGUCUGCUCAGCAUGAAAUACCUGGACAACUGCGUAAACGAAACCAUGCGCAAGUUUCCAGCCCUGGCAUACCUGCACCGAAUUUGCACCGAAGACUACUUGAUCCCGAGCUCCCAAGUCACCAUCAAGAAAGGAACCCUCGUCCUUAUUCCAAUCUACGCCCUCCAGCGAGAUGCGGAGUUCUUCCCGCAUCCAAACGCAUUCAUCCCUGAACGCUUCAACGAUCCGGACGACAUCCGUCGGACGCCUUACUUCCCCUUCGGCGAAGGACCCCGUUCCUGCAUCGGACAACGGAUGGGCAAAAUGAACGUCAAGAUAGCGCUGGUUCAUCUACUCUCGAUGUUCAACUUUACCCUAUCGGACCCCGAGGACCAGCAUCGAGAGGCGCCGAUCGAUCCCAUGCAUUUCACCAUCUCUCCGCAGGGAAGUUUCAACAUGAACGUUAGAUAUAGGGGUCGGAGCGAUUGAAUAACGCAAGAAGUGUCCGAUAAGUCGAUCACCGCAUCAGAAUAAAGGAGCUGUUCUUUAAUUACUUAAUUGUUUAGAGCGAAAUAAAGGAAUGUCAUUGCUGUAUACUGUAUAUGGACUAUAACUUGCUUUAACUGUAACUAGUCUCUAAGUUAUAACUUGCUUACUUCCAAGAUUCGGUGGUGACGAGGGUUGACGUAAAAGAUCCGCAUCUAAGGCGAUUAUACGCUAUCGCCUUAACAUGUGUCAGGUUGAAUCAGCAUCGACUUCUCGUGCGUCUUAAAUGAGGCUGCGCCGCAAUGAACCCCUGCCUCUGCCAUAAUGUCCUACUGGGUCCCAGUCAACGCUUGGUCGACCUGAAUUUAUGUAGCCUGUAGGUUGUUUUUUAUGUCACAAUCGGACUGAAAAGCCACAAAUCAGGUAUCAGUAGGUCGGCUCUAGAGGCACGUUCUCCUCCAUUUGGGAAAUUUGUGCCAUCGCCUAUUCAUCAUUUACCUGACGGAGAAAGGAAGGAAAAAUGAUAGGACAGGGGAAAGGACAGGUAAGGGAAUAGGAUCGUCAUACACGCAAAAGCAUACCACAAUGGGUUCAAACAGCGCCCUGAAAAGGGCACUGUAAUAACGCAUAAAGCGUAAAGAAAGCCUAUAGCUCUUUACCACAGCGGGUCAAGAACAGCAGAACGUCCUGAAGAUUCAGGUUUCUGAAGUCAGUUUCACUUAAUAAGUGUUUUCCGAGUACUCGGAAACGCAGUUGCGCAAAAACUGGACAGUUACAUAUCAAAUGAUACGAAGUUCCAUAAUCGAAUUCACAGCUAUCACAUACAAAUAAAUCAGUUUGCUGAAUAUUCGCCAUGUGAUAACUGAGUCGGCAGUGGUAAGUCAACGCUUUGACCAGCAUGCUGCAAUUAUGCUUAGACAGAUUUGUUAGAUACUUCGCCACCUUUGGAGAUGGCUCAGUGCAAUACAAUUUUGUUUGACGACACGACUCCAAACUAUUCCAGUAUUGUUUGUGCUGAGUGGCAGGCCAGGUGUCAAUCUGAAGCUUUACCCAACACUUGGAUACCGGAAUAGCUGACUCAGGGCCAAUGAAGUCAUGUGAUGCUACAGUGCGAGCUAACUCAUCAGCCAAUUCAUUUCCAGCGAUGGAAGAAUGGCCAGGUGAACAGCGUUUGUUGAAUUCAGCUCCUCGAUUUGAGUUCGACAAGCGAUAACUAUUUUCUACCUGGAGUUGGCCGAAGCAAGUGCUUUAAUAGCAGCCUGGCUAACUGAACAGAAGUAUAUUACCUUGCCCAUUACGUGCUGCUGAAGUGCUGAUUGCACUCCGCACAUAAGAGCAAAGAUUUCGGUCUGAAAAACGGUGCAGUGUCUACCAAGUGAAUAAGACUGAUGCAGCCUUAGCUCUCUAGAAUAAACACCAGCACCUGCCCGACCUUCGAGAAGGGAGCCAUCAGUGUAACAUACAUGCCGUCUGAAAUACUUCUCUCCAGAUAACCAGAUGUCCACUCUUCCCGGGAAGGGAAUUUCGUGGAAAAUGUCCUAUAUAGAAAAUUACAAGCAAUUGUAAGAUCACUUGGGACAAGGACAACUUUGUCCCAAUUCACCAAAAGUGGAAACAACGAGGUGUGUGUUGAACUGCGGUUCACAGGAGUUUCCUCUAAUAUACCGAGUACCCAUAGACGGUAAGUGCAAGAAAGUGCUUCUUUUUUGAGAUGGAUGUGUAGUGGGGCAACGUCAACGAGAACUUCGAGCGCUGCCGUAGGAGUUGAUGAGAACGCUCCAGACAUCGCCAUUAAGCACAUCCUUCGGAGAUGGCCUAAUUUUGAUUGGACCGUUCUCACUUCGCCCUUUUGCCACCACACAAGACAUCCAUACGCCAAUAUUGGACGAACCACAGUUGUGUAAAUCCAUUUGAUAUACUUAGGUUUUAGACCCCAAGCUGUACCAAAGGUUCGCCGGCAUUACCCGAAGGCCAUACAAGCUUUCUUGAUUGUGAACUCAAUGUGAGGUGUCCAGGAAAGCUUGGAAUCAAGAAUGACUCCAACGUACUGUACCUGUUCAGUCACAUCGAUUUCAGAAUCAAAGAGACGCAAAGGUCGAACGCCAUUACGGUUUCGCCUUUCCGUAAAAAUAACAAUAGAUGUUUUACUCGGAUUUACCGAAAGGCCAUAUUGGUGACACCAACCCUCAACUACCUGAAGGGCGUUUUGCAUCAGGUCGAAAAGGGUGCUGAUGCACAUACCUGUAGAGAAUUAGGUGUUGUGCUAUGUAACUGAUUAGUAUAUGUUGAGCGUGGCUUCGGUCAGUAGUAGAAUGGCAUUGAUGAUAAUGAUGGUAACGCUAAGUUGUGUGCGUGCGCAGCGUGCGCUUGCUUCGUUCCCGAUGUCGACAUCGUGAUUCAUCAUCAAGGUUUUUAUAUAAUGGAAGGUUAAGCAGGUCGUUUAGUUUGUGGGGAAAAGCAGAGGAAGCCAAAUUACAAAGGAAUUUGCUGAGGGGGGGUGUUUGUUUUCAGAAUUUCUCACGGUGAAAAAAUAAUGGCCGCUCAGCCAGUUUUGACAUCUAAGACUACCUUAGAAUAUGUAAAUACCUUGAUUCAUCAUGAGGUAGAUGAAUGAAAAGGAAAAAAAUGGCAUAGGCCAAAAAGAGAAAGGACUACCAAACUCAGGAAACUCAAUGACGGGAAAAGGUGUGCGUUUGAGUUUUAAGCCUAGUACUCAGAUGGCAAGAAAUGAGGUCAAGGAAAAAACAGCAUUUUUACCAAAGUAAUUUUGACAGUCGAUCUUGAGAGAGAAAAAAGAAGAAAAAAAUCGACGAAACAACUUGUUUACCAAUUUUGUUUAUCAACAAUGAAUCUACGCUCAGCUCAGACUGACUUGGUCUGGAACGCAGCACAGUGGAAGAUUGACCAGCAUUGACUAGAACCAGCAUUGUGACCCGUUGAUAUUCCGGCCGGACAAACUGGUUCUAUUCCGCAACCGGAAGAAAGGUUAUAUGAUUUCCAGCUGGUGGUGCAUACGGUGGCGGACAUAUACACCAGUUCCCUUGCCUGUGACGAGGUCGGAUCAUUUGGAAUUGUGAUGCAGUUGGUCAAGUUCGAGUGGAAGCUGACAAUUUCCCAAGAAAAAAUCCAUCGGGAUUACGGGGUGAAAAUAGAUGGAUUACCAGCCGCGGAAAAUAGCUGCGAAAAUGUAUCUAAAGUUUGCUCAAAUAUAAGCUACAAAUUCCCAGGAAAAAAUGCGAUUCGGUGGUAGUUCUUAGUGAUUUGGCAGGGGAUUUACUCCAGCAAUAUCUUCAGGGAUUUCUCCGGGAAUCCUUUCGAAAACACCUCCAGGGAUCCCUCGAGGAAUUCCUACGAGUAUUCCUCUAGGAAUUUCAUCAGAAAUUUCUCCGGGGGUUCCUCAAGCAAUUCCUCCAGGAAUACAUCCCGAAAUACCUCCAAGAAGUCAUCCAUGCAUUCCUCCAGGAAUUCCUUCGAGGACUGCUCCAGAAAAUCCUCUAUUAAUUCCUGAGGGGAUUUCAACGUAAAUUCCUCCAUGAAUUUCUCCGAGCACAGCUUCAGUAAGUUCUUCGCCUAUUCCUCCGGGGAUUCCUCCAGGGAUUACAUAAAAAAAAUCCUCCAGUAAUAUUUCCAGUAGUUCUUCCUAAAAAUCCUCCGGGAAUUUCUUUGGAAAUUCUUCCAGCCAUUCCUCCAGAAAUCCUAACAGGAAUACCUCCAGAUAUUUCUUCCAGGGAAUCCUGCAUGAAUUCCUCCCGGGGAUUCCUCCAGGAAUAUCUCGGAGGAUUCCUCCAGGAAUAUCUCGGAGGAUUCCUCCAGGAAUUCCUCUGGGAUUCCUCCGGGAAUUCCUCCGGAGAUUCCUCCAGGAAUUCCUCCGGGGAUUCCUUCCGAAAUUCCUCCGGGGAUUUCUUCAGGAAUUUCUCUGGGACAUCUUCAGUAAGUCAUUCUGGGAUCAUCUUAGAAAUUGCUGCUUGGAUUCCUCUAGGAAUAUGCUUUGCGAUUCAUGCAGUAAUUCUUUUUGGAAUUUCUUCACGAAUUCUUUCUGAUUCCUCCCGGAAUUCAUUCGGAGAUUCCUCCCGGAAUUCAUUCGGAGAUUCCUCCAGGAAUUCCUCCGGGAGUUCCUCCAGGAAUUCUUCCUGGUAUUUCUCCAGGAAUUCCUCCGAAAAUUCCUCCAGGAAUUCCUCCGGGAAUUGCUCCAGGAAUUCCUCCGGGAAUUGCUCCAGGAAUUCCUCCGGGAAUCGCUCCAGGAAUUCCUCCGGGAAUUGCUCCAGGAAUUCCUCCAGGGAUUCCUCCAGGAAUUCCUCCAGGGAUUCCUCCAGGAAUACCUCCAGGGAUUCCUCCAGGAAUUCCUCCAGCAAUUCCUCCAGGGAUUCCUCCGGGAAUUCCUCCAGGGAUUCCUCCAGGAAUUCCUUCGGGCAUUUCUCCAGGAAA